AUGGCUACCGAAGGAACCAUUCAGUUUGCGCUAUGGAGGGAUUCUUAUGAUCAUGAGAAACCUUUUAUGCUGUUCAUGGAUAUACCAUCUGCAUCCUCUGACCAGCGGUCCUCCAAUGUAGACUUCUCUUCUGCUCGGGUUGAUGUACACGACAUUCGAGACACGAAGAACAGUUUCACUCUUGACGAUCAUGGCUUCAAAGUAGCACACCUGGAAGACGCUGCCAAAUUUGAAGACCAUAGUGUCUUUCAUUCCGAAUAUCUACCAGCAAUCGAACAGCUACUCCGACAAGAAGUGGAAGAGGCCGACCGAAUCUUGUUUUUUGAUUGGAGGCGCCGCAAUGCGGCGGCCCAAGAUAGGAAUAAUACGAAUAAUUUGGACGAUCGCAAUCAGUUUCUUCACCCAGCUACUACAGCGCACGUUGAUCAAGCACCAAUCGCAGCAAUACAACGCAUCAAAGAACAGUUGGGGACCGAUGCUGAUCAAUACUUGCGAGGGAGAGUUCGGAUCAUCAAUGUUUGGCGGCCCGUCCUACAUCCUGUGCAGGAUUGGCCACUUGCAAUCUGCGACGGCACUACGGUCUCUAAAAGCGAUUUCCUAGACGUGGACCAGGUUCGAAAGGAUUACGUUGGAUCUUCAAUGUUCAUGAUGAAAAAUGACAGCAUGCGCUGGCACUAUCUGAGCAAUCAGCGACCAGAUGAAGUUCUUCUUUUCAAGCAAUUUGACUCGCUCGAUAAUGCCAAAGCACGAUUCUGUCCUCAUUCGUCCUUCCAGCUUCAUGGAGUUCCCGCGGACGCGCCGCCUCGAGUAAGCGUCGAAGUAAGAGCACUGGUAUUGACCAAGCCACUGUAG